GAUUGGCGCGGAGGGAGUAGAGCGGGCGCUGUGGGAGGGAACGCCAGAGCGAGCUGGUGAGGAGAGCUGGUUGCGUGAGUCUCCUCAGCUCUGCUUACCGGUGCGACUAGCGGCAGCGACGCGGCUAAAAGCGAAGGGGCGAGUGCGAGUCCCCUGAGCUGUACGAACGCGGUCGCCAUGGACCGCCCAGAUGAGGGGCCUCCGGCCAAGACCCGCCGCCUGAGCAGCUCCGAGUCUCCACAGCGCGACCCGCCCCCGCCGCCGCCGCCGCCGCCGCUCCUCCGACUGCCGCUGCCUCCACCCCAGCAGCGCCCGAGGCUCCAGGAGGAAACGGAGGCGGCACAGGUGCUGGCCGAUAUGAGGGGGGUGGGACUGGGCCCCGCGCUGCCCCCGCCGCCUCCCUAUGUCAUUCUCGAGGAGGGGGGGAUCCGCGCAUACUUCACGCUCGGUGCUGAGUGUCCCGGCUGGGAUUCUACCAUCGAGUCGGGGUAUGGGGAGGCGCCCCCGCCCACGGAGAGCCUGGAAGCACUCCCCACUCCUGAGGCCUCGGGGGGGAGCCUGGAAAUCGAUUUUCAGGUUGUACAGUCGAGCAGUUUUGGUGGAGAGGGGGCCCUAGAAACCUGUAGCGCAGUGGGGUGGGCGCCCCAGAGGUUAGUUGACCCGAAGAGCAAGGAAGAGGCGAUCAUCAUAGUGGAGGAUGAGGAUGAGGAUGAGCGGGAGAGUAUGAGGAGCAGCAGGAGGCGGCGGCGGCGGCGGAGGAGGAAGCAGAGGAAGGUGAAGAGGGAAAGCAGAGAGAGAAAUGCCGAGAGGAUGGAGAGCAUCUUGCAGGCACUGGAGGAUAUUCAGCUGGAUCUGGAGGCAGUGAACAUCAAGGCAGGCAAAGCCUUCCUGCGUCUCAAGCGCAAGUUCAUCCAGAUGCGAAGACCCUUCCUGGAGCGCAGAGACCUCAUCAUCCAGCAUAUCCCAGGCUUCUGGGUCAAAGCAUUCCUCAACCACCCCAGAAUUUCAAUUUUGAUCAACCGACGUGAUGAAGACAUUUUCCGCUACUUGACCAAUCUGCAGGUCAGGCCAGAGAGACAUUUUUUAGUAGGAUCGGGCACGAAUCUGGUUCUUGGAGGUGACGGGAGGUGGGUGGGAAGGGCCGUGGUGUGUGUGGGGGGGGACAGAUUCCACCAUCACCCCCACCUGGAGCAGGUACAGGAUCUCAGACAUAUCUCCAUGGGCUACAAAAUGAAGCUGUACUUCCAGACUAACCCCUACUUCACAAACAUGGUGAUUGUCAAGGAGUUCCAGCGCAACCGCUCAGGCCGGCUGGUGUCUCACUCAACCCCAAUCCGCUGGCACCGGGGCCAGGAACCCCAGGCCCGUCGUCACGGGAACCAGGAUGCGAGCCACAGCUUCUUCAGCUGGUUCUCAAACCAUAGCCUCCCAGAGGCUGACAGGAUUGCUGAGAUUAUCAAGAAUGAUCUGUGGGUUAACCCUCUACGCUACUACCUGAGAGAAAGGGGCUCCAGGAUAAAGAGAAAGAAGCAAGAAAUGAAGAAACGUAAAACCAGGGGCAGAUGUGAGGUGGUGAUCAUGGAAGACGCCCCUGACUAUUAUGCAGUGGAAGACAUUUUCAGCGAAAUCUCAGACAUUGAUGAGACAAUUCAUGACAUCAAGAUCUCUGACUUCAUGGAGACCACCGACUACUUCGAGACCACUGACAACGAGAUAACUGACAUCAAUGAGAACAUCUGCGACAGCGAGAAUCCUGACCACAAUGAGGUCCCCAACAACGAGACCACUGAUAACAACGAGAGUGCUGAUGACCACGAAACCACUGACAACAAUGAGAGUGCAGAUGACAACAACGAGAAUCCUGAAGACAAUAACAAGAACACUGAUGACAACGAAGAGAACCCUAACAACAACGAGAACACUUACGGCAACAACUUCUUCAAAGGUGGCUUCUGGGGCAGCCAUGGCAACAACCAGGACAGCAGCGACAGUGACAAUGAAGCAGAUGAGGCCAGUGAUGAUGAAGAUAAUGAUGGCAACGAAGGUGACAAUGAGGGCAGUGAUGAUGAUGGCAAUGAAGGUGACAAUGAAGGCAGCGAUGAUGACGACAGAGACAUUGAGUACUAUGAGAAAGUUAUUGAAGACUUUGACAAGGAUCAGGCUGACUACGAGGACGUGAUAGAGAUCAUCUCAGACGAAUCAGUGGAAGAAGAGGGCAUUGAGGAAGGCAUCGAGCAAGAUGAGGACAUCUAUGAGGAAGGAAACUAUGAGGAGGAAGGAAGUGAAGAUGUCUGGGAAGAAGGGGAAGAUUCGGACGACUCUGACCUGGAGGAUGUGCUUCAGGUCCCAAACGGUUGGGCCAAUCCGGGGAAGAGGGGGAAAACCGGAUAAGGGUCUUCCCCUUUUGGGGAUCACCUCUCUGUAUCCCCCACCCCCUAUCCCAUUUGCCCUCCUCCUCAGCUAGGGCCACGCGGCCCCACAUUGCACUUCUGGGGGGUGACCGACUUCGUACACGGGUUUAAAGUUUAUUUUUAUGGUUUAGUCAUUGCAGAGUUCUAAUUUUGGGGGGAGGGAAAGGGGGCUAGUCCCCUUCUUUUGGCCCUCCGCCCCCGCAGGCUUCUGUGUGCUGCUAACUGUAUUUAUUGUGAUGCCUUGGUCAGGGCCCCUCUACCCACUUCUCCCAGUCAGUUGUGGCCCCAGCCCCUCUCCCUGUGCUGUGUGGAGUGGACACCCUGACCCCCGAAGCGGGGAGGGCCGCUGUGGCCUUCGUCACAGCCGCGCAGUGCCCAUGGAGGCGCUGCUGCCACCCUCCUCUCCCAAGUUCUUUCUCCAUCCCUCUCCUCUUCCCGCCGCGCCGCUAGCCCGCCUCGGUGUCUAUGCAAGGCCGCUUCGCCAUUGCGGUAUUCUUUGCGGUAUUCUUGUCCCCCUCCCCCAGAAGGCUCGCCUCUCCCCGUGGACCCUGUUAAUCCCAAUAAAAUUCUGAGCAAGUUCA